UGGCCCAAUCAAUAUUGAAAUGGUGUACAAACCAAACCAAGUAGUGAAGUAGGCAAGAACACAAGUACCUAGUAAAGAGGAAGAGUCGCUUGGGUGUCGGGGAGAGCGGAGAAGAGAAUUUAACAGUAGUUCCAUCUGCAGAUUGUGUGCCUCCUCCAAAUCCCAACACUCUUUCUUACUUUUGCUUUGUUGCUCUGACUAUGGGUUUCACCAAGGAACAGUUGCUUGCCCGUUUACAGGAACUUAAAAUUGAUUAUUCGAAGUAUGAACAUCCUGUUGUUUUGACGGUUGAAGCUCAGGCGAAAUAUGUGGGGAAUUUAGAGGGUGCACUGAGCAAGAAUUUAUUUCUGAAGGAUAAGAAGAAUAGGUUAUACAUUGUUUCUGCUUUGUCUGAUACUAAGGUGGAUUUGAAAGUUCUAUCCGCAAGGCUUGGUUUGGGAAAAGGAGGUUUGAGAAUGGCUCCUGAAGAAGCAUUAGGUGAAAUACUCCAGGUACCUUUAGGUUGUGUUACACCAUUCGCAUUGGUGAAUGAAUCAGCACGACUUGUCUCUUUAUUGUUGGAUCAAGGGUUUAAAAGACAGGAACGCUGCUUCUUCCAUCCACUCUCAAAUGACACAUCGAUUUCUCUUAAUGUCUCAGGCCUUGACACAUUUCUUAAAUCAUUGGGGAGAGAUCCCACAUAUGUGGACUUGGAGGCUAACCCCACUAUUGGAAAGGAUCAGCCUCCUGAUCUAGGUUACCUUGUUCCUGUUGAUUCAGUGGUUCUCCCAAAUCCUCCAGAAAGCUUAACUUCAUCUACAGGCUCUUCUGAGAAAUAUACUACUUCUGCAGAUGUUGUGUCCACAAAAAGUUCUGAUAAGGUGUCAAAGCCAUCAGUCAAUCCGCAAAAUGCAAAAAAUAAGCCAGUCAAAGGAGUAAACCCCCCUUGCUAUAUAGCUAAUGUCAACAGAUUUGUUGAAGAGAUAUUGGAUAAAACAUCUGCGCUAUUGCUCACCGAGAUUUCGGAGGAGAGUAUUAAGCAACACGGAGAACAGCUGGGAACAGUAGUAUCCAAUAAUGUUAAAAGCAGACUUAUUUCAGAGUUGAACAGCACAACCACGACAUUCAAGAACGCUGCCUAUACAGAAGGAUUUCAUGCUGGCGUUCAACAUCAUCCCAAGCGUACUUACUGAUUGUUGAUUGGUUUGGUUUGAUUUUGUUCUAUCUUCAUGUCCUCAAAGGAAGGAGGAGGAAUAUGGAGUGAAACAACAAAAUAUUUAUGGCUAAUUGUUCCUUUGAUUUAAAUUGGAUAUUAUUAUAAUGAGAUAGAUUGUAUCAUUUCUAUGGUUGGAACUUGUGGAUUUUAAAAUAUGAUCGCAUUUCUUUCGUGAUACUGAUGCUAGCAACAUUAUCUUUGAAAGUGGUUCUCCUUUAUAAUCAA